AUGGGCUGGUUAAAGCGUACUUCUCAUCCCACUGUCAACCACGCUACCUCGGAAGAUAUCCCGAAGCCCACAUCCGCCCACAUCGAGCACAUACCCAGCGGUACAGCGCCAUUACCAAGAUACCCCGCCGCGCCGCUCUCGACUCCUGAUGCCGCACUUCAAUUUAUACCCGCCGAAGAAAUUGCAAAACGGACAUCCGCGGAAAGCGGAGGUCUCUUAAUCGUCGUCGAUGACAUCGUCUACGAUUGCACACAGUUCUUAUCGGAGCAUCCGGGCGGGGAGCAAGUCAUCCGCUCAUUCGCUGGGACGGAUUGCAGCUGGCAGUUCUGGCGCUUUCAUGGAAAAAAGGAAAUGCAGGAGUUUGGAAGGCCGCUGAGAGUCGCCAGGACGGCGGGCGCGAAGAACAGGUUUAAAGAGCCGCCAAGAUAUAUUGGUUUGAGGCGGCUGGGGGAUGAGUGGGAUUGA